AUGGCAGCAAUGUUGGGAGCUGCGGGUGGAGCAGGCGAUCUGGGCGCUCUUCCGCUCGAACAGUGGUUCUUUGAGAUGCCGGUUUGCACGCGAUGGUGGACGACUGCCACGGUGGUUACUGGGUUGCUGGUCCAAUGUCAUGUGUUGACGCCCUUUCAACUAUUCUAUUCCUUUCGUGCCGUGUUUGUUCGCUCGCAGUAUUGGCGCCUCUUUACCACAUUCAUCUAUUUUGGGCCUUUGAGCUUGAACUUGUUGUUUCACAUUUUCUUUAUCCAGCGAUAUGCCCGUAUGCUCGAGGAGUCUGCUGUAUCGCAAGCGCACUUUACGUGGAUGCUGGCUUAUGCCGUUGCGGUACUGCUUGCACUUGCUCCUCUGGUAUCAGUUGUUUUCUUGGGCAGCAUACUCAGCAGCACUCUCGUCUAUAUCUGGAGCCGCAAACACCCCGACGUCCAACUUUCCUUCCUUGGCUUGUUCAUCUUUCGCGCGCCGUUCUUGCCUUGGGUCAUGAUUGGGUUGAGUGUGGUUAUGCAUGGGAACUGGCCUAAAGAUGAGUUGUGUGGUAUUGCUGUGGGACACGAUCACNNAGUCUAUUACUUCUUCAACGACAUUUAUCCGGCAAACCACAAUGGGCAGCGACCNCUGGAUCCGCCAAUGUGGUGGCAAAGACUGAUACGAGGAAAUGCCGUCGUCGAUGCAGAGAUUGCGCAACAAAGACGCACUGAUUGA